UAUAUAUAUAUCUUUAUUCCAGACUCAUGGGUCCAUAAAACAACAAACACAAAUACGACAACAAUAUAUAAAAUACAAUACAACACGAGGACACAGGUCCAACCAUUGCAGCUAACAAGUCACUCGUGGUUAAAAUACAUUCAAACACUUGUUCCAUUGCUUCUAGAAACAAGACAAAGAUAUGAAACAAAGAUUAUAAAACAAUAAAUAUUAAUUAAUGGAUAUCCGGGGACCCAAAAAAGAUUGGGCUUAGCCCCCCCUCUCGUUGACACACACCCCUGCUUUAACUCAAGUUAGGAAUUUAAAUACUUUUUCCACCCCGGACACGAGACGCUGACACCCGCAACUCCAACCCCGCGGUUCUCUAACUGUCCCGCGGAGUUUGGGUCAUGUGAUGGAACUAAUGCUUGUUCUUGAGUCACAUGCUUAGAGAGUUGAAUACUUCUAACCACCGCUGUGCGCGUGCACGCUGCUGUCCGUCCCCCACAGCCGCCUUUCCGUUUCCUCGGUGCGCGUCACCGGAACCCUCUCGGCCUCCCGUCCUCUCUGACGCAGCUCGCGCGGCGGUUCAUUGGCUCGACGUCACGUCGCGUCCUUCUUGUUUAUAGCGAGUUAAACAUUAAUAACGCCGCUGUUCGCGUGAACAUGCGCGUGGGGGGCAAACGGUGGCGCGCGUCCCGUCUCCAGCCCGCGUCGCGGACCUAGCUUCAUCGUCCUCUUCUUCUUCUUCGUUGGUCUUCGUUGGUUUCCGCUCGCUAGCCGCCCGCCCGCCGCUGCCAGCCGCGAUGCCCCGGGAAGCGGCCGCGGCGCCGGAGGACUGCGGCUCCCGGGACGAGUGGACGCUGCUGCUGUGGACGUCGCUGGCCGUCGUGGUUCCGUUGGUCAUCACGCUGUGGUGCAGCGCGCAGCGCUCCAAGCGGAAGACGCACAUGAAGGAGUUCUUCCGCAAGAGCAAGCACGGCUGGCGCUACACGGACCUGUUCGGCAAGCCCACCUACUGCUGCGUGUGCGCGCAGCACAUCAUGCGCGGCGCGUACUGCGACUGCUGCGGCGUGUGCGCCGAUGAGCACUGCCUGCGCCGCGCCGACCGCAGCCUGACGUGCAAGGAGAUCAUGGCGGCCCCCCCCGCCGCCCCCGGUGGAGGCCCCGGCGCGGCCAUGAAGCACCGCUGGGUGCGCGGCAACGUGCCGCUCGCCAGCUACUGCGCCGUGUGCAGACAGCAGUGCGGCACGCAGCCGAAGCUCUGCGACGUCAGGUGUGUGUGGUGUCAGUCCACGGUGCACGACGACUGCAUGGCGAGCCCGACGGCCGCCGACCGCUGCGACCUCGGCGAGUUCCACGACCUCAUCAUCCCGCCUCACUACCUGUACUGCGUCAACAAGCUGCGGCGCCGGCACCCCGAGGAGUACAGCAAGCUGGCGGCGUCCUGCGGCCGCGGCUGGACGCCCGUGCUCGUCCUGGCCAACACGCGCAGCGGCAACAACAUGGGGGCGGAGCUUCUGGGGGAGUUCCGCAGCAUUCUGAAUCCUGUGCAGGUGUUCGACCUGUCCGAGCUGACCCCCCCCAAAGCCCUCCAGCUGUGCACGCUGCUGCCGCCCGGCAGCGUCCGGGUUCUGGUGUGCGGCGGCGACGGCACCGUGGGCUGGGUGCUGGACGCCAUCGACGCCAUGAAGCUGAAGGGCCAGGACCAGUUCAUGCCCAGGGUGACCAUCCUGCCCCUGGGGACGGGAAACGACCUCGCCAACACCCUGGGGUGGGGCGCCGGCUACGCCAGGGAGAUCCCCGUGGAGCAGGUGCUCCGGAACAUCCUGGACGCCGAGGUGGUGAAGAUGGACAGGUGGAAAGUGCAGGUCGCCUCUAAAGGCCUCUACUUCCGUAAACCCAAGGUCCUGUCCAUGAACAACUACUUCUCCGUGGGGCCCGAUGCUCUGAUGGCGCUCAACUUCCACGCCCACCGCGAGAAGACGCCGUCCUUCUUCUCCAGCCGCAUCGUCAACAAGGUGGUGUACUUCCUGUAUGGCACCAAAGACUGUUUAGUGCAGGAAUGUAAAGACCUGGACAAGAGGAUUGAGCUGGAGUUGGAUGGGGAGAGGGUGGCGCUGCCCAGCCUGGAGGGCAUCAUCGUCUGUAACAUUGGCUACUGGGGCGGAGGCUGCAGACUCUGGGAGGGGAUGGGGGACGAGCCCUGCCCCCCCACACGGCUGGACGACGGCCUGCUGGAGGUGGUCGGCGUGUUCGGAUCGUUCCACUGCGCCCAGAUCCAGAUGAAGAUGGCCAACCCAGUCCGACUGGGACAGGCCCACACCGUGAGGCUGGUCCUCAGGAGCUCCACGAUGCCCAUGCAGGUGGACGGGGAGCCGUGGGCUCAGGGCCCCGGCACCAUCACCAUCACCCACAAGACGCAGGCCGUGAUGCUGUACCGUGGCGCGGAGCAGACGGACGACGAAGACGAGGAGGACGAGGAGGAGGACGAGUCCAGCGCCUCGGAGACGGAGAGCCCGCCCACCCCCCGCGGCUCGCCCAGAGCCCCCCCGGGGCCGGCCUCUGCUCGUGCAUGACCCCCCCCAUCCUCCAAUCACGUUCGAGUAUUCACGUCUUUUUACAUAUUUGUGUGUGUGUGUGUGUGUGUGUGUGCAUGCGUGCGAGAGUGUGUGUCCGAGUGUGUGUGCGAGAGUGAGUGUGUGUGUUUUUUGUGCAUGUGUGUAUGUGUGAGUGUAUCUGAGAUUGUACCUCAGACUCAGUCUUGAAACUUUAUUUUCCUGCUACAGGAAACGGCGUUGCUUUAUUUAGAAACUCACUUAUUUGAUGUUUCCUUCUUUUUAAGUGUUCUUCUUGACAUUCUUCUUCCUGUUUACAUGUUGUCGUGUUGCACUGUUUUAGCACUUGAUGAAUACUGAACACGCGGAGGAUGGAGGUCACACACACGGCGCUCCGUGUCGUUGCCGACGGCGACGGCUGCCGAUGAGAUUGAAGCCGUGUUGUUGGUUUAAAAAAAAAAAAAAACGUUUUUCUUGUGAUCCUCUCGUUUCAUACUUGUUGUUGUUUACCAAACGGGACUGGAGACGGUGUUGUCUGUUGUCCCCGUGUGGCCGAGGGGUCCUUCGUGUUCUGUGACGUCGUUGCUGCUCCUCUGCGGUCGUCCUGUUUGUUGCCUGAACGGUUGCCCGUUGCUCAAAGCCAUAUCGGACACGCUGCCGUACGUUAGCCUACGAGGGCCGACCGGCUGACCCGGGAUCGGCUCUCAGCCCGGGGGCCUCCGGUGGCGGGGGGCCACGCCUUGUGGGUCCAUCGCCCUCUGUUUGUUUGGUGGAUGUCUUUGUUGCUCAAGGGCACCGGUUCCACCUUUUACCUGCGUGUCCGUGUUCACCUGCGCUGUGUGUUGUGAUGCACUGAGAUGGAUUACAUGUAACCGGGGUUUAUAUAUAUAUAUAUACAUACAAUCUACACAUAUAUAUGUAUAUAUCUAUACUCUAUGUAUGUGCGUGUAUAUAUAUGUAUAUGUAAAUACAUAUAUUAAUAUAUAUAUACUUUCAUGUAUGUAAAUAUAUAUGGGUGUGUAUAUAUAUACACAUAUACAAGUAUAUAUUUAUGAGUGUGUAUAUAUAUAUAUCAGUAUUUUUAUAUUAACAAUUAAUAUAAUCAAUUAUUUAAAAAGACGAGAAUCACCAACGCUGCAGUUCCCUCUUUGGUCUCCAGGGCGCUUUAGCAUCUUUACAUUUCUAGUUUAGUUUGUUAAGAUCACAAACGUAACAAAUAAUUGACUCAAUUUUUUAAAAAAAUACUCUUUUCAAUGUCAUGACCUCAUUUACAUAAAUAUGAGCUCUUAUGGAGACGUUCACAUCUGAGAUGACUCGCUCAAAUCUUAUAUUUGCAGUAUUUUUUUCUCGCCUGCGUUCUGCGAAGAACGAGCCGAUCAGGGGCCGGCUGACCGGGGGCCCGUGGAUCAGGGGCCGACUGACCGGGGGCCCGUGGAUCAGGGCCCGCUUCAACAUUUCCCCCUCAAGAACUCUCUUGCCCAGCUGUUGCUCGUCUGCCAUUGGUUGAACUGCCGCUCGCCUGACGCUGCAGCGAGCGACGGACCCUGAGCGCGACGUCGGCUGAGCGCUCGUGUUCUCUGCCUGCUGGAUGCUCACGAGGCUUUUCGUGGCUAGUAUAAUUAGCAUUGCAGCUUUUGUAAAGCCAUAAUUCAGCUUGUGGAGCUCCGCCCCCUAGUGGCUGGAGCAGAAACCUGAUUACGCAGCUUUGACGAGCCUUUUGAUUUUCUGCUUUAGCGAUAACAAAGUGUUCUCUCCAUUUCAAACCAUCCGACUCGUGUUUCCUGUUGUCUUGAUGAUUUCGCCCACAGAGGUUUGUCUGCGUGGCUAAAGACCUUUUUGUUUUCUUUUUGGGGGCGGAGCCACAUGACUGACGUUAUUGGUUGUUUUGAAUGUUUUUUCCUUUUAUUAUUAUUAUUUGUUAAAUCUUCAGACUGAGUUUCUCAAGGCAAAUGUCACUGUUGUGUGUGUGUGUGUACGAAAAUGCUUUAAAAUAUUUAUUAAUAUAUAUUUGAAUAUGCUUACUAUUUUUUGCAGUCAAAUAUCUGUCGAUAAGAGAACCUAAAAUGCUGAUGAGAAUGUAGAACGCGUUGCACGUCGACCCCGAUGUGGGCCGUUCAGCCGCGACUCCACGGGAACACAGAGGAGGAGAGAGGAAUCGUUUAUUGGUAACGAGUAAAUCACCAAUCAGCAGUUUACAAAAAUACUACUGAAGUGAAACUGUUACGACGGGAGACCAACAGAUUCUGAUUGAAUGUAAUGAAUUUGAAGACAUUCCCAUAAAUAUUUUCAUAAAUAAAGAAGCAACAUGUCUGUUUUAA